UUCGUCGAUUCUGAAUUUUUACAGAACGGGGAAACUGCAUCUGGUGGACGAAAUGUGCGUGCUGGCUUUCAGUGACGAUCUAGAAUACUGGGGGGUAGACGAAUUAUAUUUAGAAUCUUGCUGCCAACACAAAUACCAUCAGAGGAAAGAGCACGUGCAUGAAGAAAUGAGAAAGGAGGCUGAAUCUCUUCGACAACGAGACGAAGAAGAAUUCGGCGAGGACCAAUGUUCACAGUGGCAAAAGUGGCUGUGGGACCUACUGGAGAAACCUACUACUUCGAUAGCUGCUAGGGUGAUAGCCAUCGUCUCCAUAUUGUUUAUCGUUUUAUCGACGAUCGCCUUGACAUUGAACACUAUACCGAGUAUGCAGGUGAACGACGAAAAGGGCAAUUUCCAGGACAACCCCCAGCUGGCGAUGGUGGAGGCCGUCUGCAUAACGUGGUUCUCGCUGGAGUACAUUUUACGGUUCAGCGCGUCGCCCAAUAAAUGGAAAUUCUUUAAGGGCGGAUUGAAUAUAAUCGACUUGUUAGCCAUACUGCCUUAUUUUGUGUCGUUGUUCUUAUUAGAAACGAAUAAAAACGCUACCGAUCAGUUUCAAGAUGUACGCAGGGUCGUGCAGGUGUUUAGGAUAAUGCGGAUUUUACGUAUUUUAAAAUUGGCACGCCACUCCACCGGGCUGCAGUCGUUAGGGUUCACGUUGCGCAAUUCGUACAAAGAACUGGGUCUGUUGAUGCUGUUCCUUGCCAUGGGCGUGUUGAUAUUCUCCAGUUUGGCGUAUUUCGCGGAAAAGGAAGAACCCGGUACGAAGUUUAUAUCUAUACCGGAAACGUUUUGGUGGGCCGGUAUCACCAUGACCACCGUGGGCUACGGGGACAUUUAUCCCACGACACCUUUAGGGAAAGUAAUAGGAAGCGUGUGCUGUAUAUGCGGUGUGUUGGUGAUCGCGUUGCCCAUUCCCAUCAUAGUUAACAAUUUUGCCGAGUUUUACAAGAACCAGAUGCGAAGGGAGAAGGCGCUCAAGAGGAGGGAGGCCUUGGAACGUGCCAAGAGGGAGGGAAGCAUUGUUUCUUUCCACCAUAUCAACCUAAGGGACGCGUUUGCCAAGAGUAUGGAUCUCAUUGAUGUGAUAGUAGACACAGGUGACAAGUGCGCCCUAAUUGGCGGAAACGAAGGCACUCGGAAACACUCGUGAAAUUUCGUUUGCAGUAGCAAUGGGUGGAGCAUGCGUUACAUCACCAGCACCUAAAAAUAUAAAUAUUGUGUAUAUACCACAGAUAACGAACAGACUGGACACUAGUGUACAAAAAUA